AUGAUGAAGGUUUUGCUCACUUCUGGGUUCACAGAGUUCCUGGAGCCUUUUGAAAGAGUUAUCCAACCUGAGGAACUAUGGCUCUACAAGAACCCUCUGGUGGAAUCAGACCACAUCCCAAAGAGAGUCAUGUUUGCAAUUUCAUUCCUCACCCCGCUGGCUGUGAUAUUUGUGGUGAAGAUUAUACAGAGGACAGACAAGACCGAAAUUAAAGAGGCUUGUUUAGCGGUAUCACUCACACUAGCUUUGAAUGGUGUCUUCACAAAUACCAUCAAGUUGAUAGUUGGCAGGCCAAGGCCAGACUACUUCCACCGCUGUUUCCCUGAUGGACAGAUGAAUGCAAAGAUGCUGUGUACUGGAGAGUCAGACCUGGUGUCUGAGGGCCGGAAAAGUUUUCCCAGCAGCCAUUCCUCCUUUGCUUUCUCUGGUCUGGGCUUUACUUCAUUCUACUUGGCAGGCAAGUUGCAGUGCUUCACAGCUGCCGGACGCGGGCGCAGCUGGCGUCUCUGUGCCAUGAUCCUGCCCCUCUACAGUGCAAUGAUGAUUGCCCUGUCCCGCACCUGCGACUACAAACAUCACUGGCAAGAUGCUUUUGUUGGGGGAUUGAUCGGCCUCUUCUUUGCCUACAUCUGUUAUCGGCAGCACUACCCACCCAUCCUGGAUGUAGACUGCCACCUGCCAUAUGCUAGUCUGGCUGCAGCAACUGCCCACAACAUGCCAACCUCCCAGGAUCAACCUCUGCCCAUGGAUAAUGCCACCAGCCUGCCUCUGGAGGGCAUGACUGAGGGACCAGUAUGACUAAUAGAGACCCCCCAAGGCUCACACC